AUGGAGCGGCCGGAGGUCGAGGCAGUGUCUUCCAGCGCGAUAUCCUUCGUGAGCCAGGCGAAGUUGGCAUUCGAGUACUCCUUGAAGAAUCUGCUGUGGAAGCAAGCAGCAUUCUAUGCUGAGAGGCUCGUGGCCGAGCGCCCUUGUGACGAAACGACGUACCUGCUGGGAUUGGCGUACUUCCACAAUCAGGAGCUAGCCAGGGCGCAGUGGCAUCUGCAGGGAAACAAGCUUCCCGAAGCGAGGUACCUGCUUGCAAAAUGCUGCUCGCAACUGAAGCGUUGGGACCUAGCCGAGGAUGCACUGCUGCCUUCCAGCGCGGGAGGCAAUCUGAACGAGGUGGUCAAUGGCGCUGCAGGCCUCUUCCUCCUUGGUCAGGUCCAGGAGAGACAAGGCCGACGAGAACAAGCAGUCGAGUGCUACUUCAGGUGUUUGCAGGAGUGCCCCUUCAUGUGGGAGGCCUACGAACGUUGGUCUUGGCUCGUGUUGGGAUCACCCUCUCCCUCGCGCUCGUCAACUGCUGGAGUCGCAUCUUCGACCUUCAGUGACGAGAAGCUUGCGCAGACAGCUGCUGCAGUGGGCUCCAGCAGGGAGGCAGGCGUGAGUGUGUCCCCCGCACCUUUGCGAACUGCAGGCAUGUGCUCAUGUGAUGAGGGCCUUUUGAAGACUCACGAAGCAUUCAGGAGGGAUGUGUUUUCGCUGUGUCACGAUUCAACUACGGGUGUGGCGAAGGGGCCCUGCAGCAGCGCCGUUGACGCCCGCAAUCACCUUCCAAACCAAACAUGUCCUGGGGAAUCUUUCAGUCGUGUGCAAGGACAUGGCAUUGAGCGCACGUGGCAUCCUCAGGGGUGUGAAAGUCUUUGUCGGGCUUCAGCUGUCGAGUCAACUUGA